AUGUCGUUCAAUCAGGGGCCGGCAGAUACAGCUGAUUUUCAUCAAAAGAGAAGAAAAACAGAGAAGGGCUUUGUACCUUCGGGAGAGAACACUGGUUACAAUUCUGCGAAUGACGAUGGCGACGACUUGUUCGACGGCUACAUACCUGACACACCUAAAGUCAAGGGCUUCGAAACUCAACCCACACAACUUGUGGUAAAGGGAUUCGAGACUCAGCCGACCCAGGUAUUACCCAAGGUUGGGGGCUUCGAGACACAACCUACACAACUUAUCGAUCGAAAUGCGCCAGCUUCUUCACCUUCAGUUGCAACUCCGCAGAGCAUAAUACAAGUUCCCGCCUCUUCACCGUUCUCUGGCAGGGAUAUAACUCCACAGAAACCUCCACCUCAGCGGAAUGUUGCUUCCCUCAUGGCACCCGCAGGCACUGUGUAUAGAGCACCAAAUGGCAUAUUGACGAAAGCCGAGCCAGCACCAAAAGCACAAUUCACUAUCGACUUAGGAGACUCGGAUUCGGACGAUGGACCGAAAUACACGGGUGGGGAUUCAGAUUCGGACGACGGUCGAGCAGCUAAUGCCGAUAUCAAACCCUCGACAUUUGCUCCUAGAAGUGCGGAGAACUCCUUUGGGACACUCAAUGGAAAUGCAAGGUUUCAAGACGCUCUUAAGAACAAGGCGUACCAAGCUCCACAGCCAGGCGUUGCAAGGCCUGCCUUUUCAUCAAGGCCUGGACAAUUACAGACGAUGCCUUCACGAGCUAUACCGAUUCAAGACAUGACGGUCAGCAAUAUAGAUAUCGCGAAGAUGCGUGAGAAUAUCACGAGGGUGAGAGUGGUCUUGCCAGCCGUCUCCGUGUUAGCGGCGAAGGAUGCGCUGGAAAAGCACAAUGGUAACUUAGACCUUGCUAUUAGUUAUCUCGGUACACGGCAUGUCACUAUUAUUUCCGAUGAUGAAGACGAAGACGAGCUAGCAGCACAGAAGUCUCGACAGGAGCCUCAAAUGAAAAGGGGUUUGGAGGCGCCAACGAAGUCGAUUAGAGAUAAAUAUUCUUCGACGCAAGCCAUGCCUAAUAAGCCGCCAACUCUCCCGGCGAAACCCAAACGGAAGCUUAUACAAGGCCGCAAGAACCCUGCUUCUCCUGCUGUUUCUUCGCCACUAAAACCACAAAAGCCUGCAACACAAGAGGAAGAGAUCAUUGAGUUAGAAGAUUAUGAUAGCGAUGACUCUGCUCUAGGCGAGGAGGAAGAGGACGAUCCCGAACUCGAAAGCCGGCUUCUAAAGUAUCUCAAUACUUGUAGCGUUGAUGAGCUGGUCGAGCUAACAGCUGUAACAAAGCCUAAUGCUGAAUUAAUGAUCAAUGCUCGUCCAUUCAAAACUCUAGAUACUGCACGAUGUGUCGAAAGCGCGCCCUUAAAAAGUGGCAAAAAGAGUACAAGAGCUCCUAUUGGAGACAAGAUCGUGGAUACCGCUAUGAGUAUGUUUAGUGGAUAUGAGGCAAUCGACGUUCUAGUGGCCAGAUGUAAAGACCUAGGUAAGCCACUUGCGGAGGAAAUGGCUACUUGGGGGUUUGAUGUUUUCGGUGCUUCAAAGGACGGCGAAUUGGAAAUGACCUCCUUGGAAGAAGACGAUAUAGAGUCAAUGCGUGAUUCUGGAAUCGGAUCACCCACCAGCGGAUCUACAUCACCAAAGCUCAAUGGCGAAGAUGAUAUUCGUACCGGCGCUAGAAAGAGGCGCGAUAUAAAUUUCCUCAAGAAACCAGAGCUGAUGGCGGACAGCUGCGUUCUGAAGGACUAUCAAGUCGUUGGUCUUAACUGGCUGGCUCUGAUGUAUAGGAAGAAGACGUCAGGUAUCUUAGCCGACGAGAUGGGACUGGGGAAGACUUGUCAAGUUAUAGCAUUCUUAGCUCAUCUUGUCGAGUCAGGACAAAGCGGUCCACAUUUGGUUGUGUGUCCUGGAUCUACUUUAGAGAAUUGGUUGCGGGAGUGUCAGAGAUUUGCACCUCAGCUGAGCGUAGAGCCAUAUCAUGGCGCCCAGAAAGAUCGAGGUGAAAUGGCGGAUGCCAUACUUGCUAACCGAGAUGCGAUCAAUAUCGUUGUGACGACGUAUGAUAUGGCGGCGAAAAAGACAGAUAACAAGUUUAUGAGACAACUUAGACCAAAUGUCUGCGUGUACGAUGAAGGUCAUUACCUCAAGAAUGUCAAUUCGCAAAGAUAUCAGGGGUUGAUCAAAAUCCCAGCGACGUUCCGACUAUUGCUUACUGGGACACCUCUGCAAAACAAUCUCCAGGAGCUGGCUGCGUUACUUGCAUUCAUUCUACCAGACGUCUUCCGAGAACGUGCCGACGAUUUGAAUUUCAUUUUCAAGGCCAAAGCAAAGACAGGAGAUUCGGAUCACGCAGCUCUUUUAUCAGCGCAGCGAAUCGCUAGGGCUCGCUCUAUGCUUACACCAUUCGUUCUUCGGAGAAAGAAGACUCAAGUUUUGAAGCAUCUUCCUACAAAGACUUGCAGAGUCGAAUACACCACGUUGCAUCAUUCCCAAAAAGUCAUUUACGAUGGACAUAUAGAACAAGCUCGAGAGCGAGCUCGCUUGCGCGUUGAAGGUGCUAAGCUUCCAAAGAAUGCAAAUGAUGAGAACAAUCCCCUCAUGCAGCUUCGAAAAGCAGCUAUCCACCCUAUGCUUUUCCGCCGCCAUUUUACAAACGAGAAAAUCGAGAAGAUGGCAGACAUCUUACGAAAGAAGUUACCGGAGCAGUUUCCCACCGACAAAAAUCAUAAGCGAGAACAUCUCAUCCAAGAGAUGCGGUCAGGUUCUGACUUUUGGCUUCAUUCAUGGUGUUGGGAUUACGCCUGCCUAGCUAGCUUUGACGUGCCUGAUUUGUCCUGGAUGGAUUCCGGAAAAGUCGAGUCCAUGGUCAAACUCGUGAAAGGAUACAAGGAGAAUGGCGAUCGUGUCCUCAUAUUCUCACAAUUCGCUUUGGUACUCGACAUCCUCGAAGCCGUUCUUAACACAUCCCAAAUCCAUUUCACCCGUAUCGACGGAUCUACAAAGAUCGAUGACCGCCAAACACUGAUCGAUACAUUCCGAGAUGACGAAUCUAUCACUGUGUUCCUACUGACCACCAAAGCUGGAGGAACUGGUAUUAAUCUCAUGUACGCUAAUAAAGUCAUCAUCUUUGAUGGGUCUUUUAAUCCUCAGGAUGAUCGUCAAGCCGAAAAUCGCGCUCACAGAGUGGGUCAGACACGAGAUGUCGAAGUUGUCCGACUUGUCACCAAGGGAACGGUCGAGGAACAGAUCUAUGCUCUCGGUCAGAGUAAGCUUGUUCUUGACGGGAGGGUUUCUGGCGACGAUGAAGCCGCAAUGGAUGCUGCGGGUGAAAAGGCCGUUGCAAAGAUGUUGCUCGAGGGCACGACUGUCUCUGAGGAAGACGAGAAAGUGGAUGUCGUCAAGGAGAGCACGAAGGAGGUUAAACCUCCACCUACUUUGCAGAAGAAGAAGUCGAGUAUUCUGGAUAGCAUGUUGACUAAAAAAGAGACGAAAGUCGAGGAUGGGAAAUAG